AUGAGUGUUAAUCAAAUUCAGAAGUAUCAGAAGAAGAUAGGUUGCUUCAUACAGAUACCUAACGUGGGUCGUGGGAAGUUGAAAUAUGUUGGCGUUGUAGAUAAUAAACCUGGUUACUAUGCAGGCAUCGAUUUGCUUGCUAAUAUUGGUAAAAAUAAUGGUUCGUUUCAAGGUAAAAAAUACUUUGAGACAGAAUAUCCCCAGAGUGGAUUGUUCAUACAGUUGCAGAAAGUGUCACAUCUGAUCGAGAAUGCCAGUCUAUCCCGAAGAACGACUUUAGUGACGGAUAACAACCAUAGUAAUACCAACGUCAUGAGUUCCGGCGAUCGUAGUUCAAGUGUUACGAGUGAUGGUCGGAUCAACAGUACUGGAAGCACGAUAGUGCGAAGUAUUCACAAUGAUAUUACAGUUGACCCCACAUCACCGACCCCGAUUGGUUCCUACCAUGGCGACUCACGAAGGGGAACUGCACGACUAGAUGACUUGGACAAGAUGGAGAUCGAUACACCCGUGCCUGCAAGUGCUGGCAGGAGAGAUGUUGUUACUGAUAAACUGAUAAAGGAGUAUGAACAGAAGAUCGAAAAACAGUUCAAUCAAUUGGUUCAGUACAAGAAGCUGUUGGACGAGCAGAGAGUGGUGUUGGAAGAGAUGAAACCCACUAUAGACAUAUACGAGAACAAUCUUGUGAGUUCGGAAAAUGAGAUAGCGAGCUUAAAAGAACAAUUGAAUAAAGAACGUGAAGAAAAUGAUAAGCAGAAGAAGUAUUUCGAAAAUGAGCAUGAGCAAUUAUUACGAGUAGUUGACCAAUUACACGACGAGAUCAAAGAAAAUGAAAGAAGAGUGAUAGCCAGCAAACAAAACAUGAAGAUGAGCAGUGGCCACACCGACGAGACGGUUUUACGAGAACUAGAAGAGCUACGAGAAUAUAAACAGACCAACGAGACGAACAAGCUUAAAUGGGAGAAAGAGCGUGAUCAAUUGAAGAUGCAUAACAGUUCGCUGAAUAAAGAAUACCAAGAACUAUACAAAGAUUUCAGCAGAAUGGAAUCAAUCCAAAGAGAGAACGAGACUUUACGAAACAAGCUCAGCGAACUGGAGACCCAUACAUCCACACAACCAAAGACAGAUGCAUCAGAGAACCCGGCCACCCAGCCCGACGACAUUGCAUCGUUGCCAAUAUACAGGCCUGCAAAAGAAGUAGACGUUACCGCCGGCAGAGACCUGUGGUGUGCAUUAUGUGACAAACAAGGCCACACCAGCAUCGACUGUCCAUACUUACCCGUCAACGAGAAUGCGGAAGACGAUAUCAUGUAUUGA